AUGGGCGCGGAAGUAAAUGGGUUGGAUGGCACGGUGGGAGUGCCCCUGGAGAAGAAGAUGGAGACGGCCUUCUUUGCAAUCUGGUUUUUAGGGUUGGACAGGCCCCCCAUAAAGAUCCUCUUGAUGGUGCUGGGGCGCUUGGUGCGCCGUUUUGAAUUCAGGAGACCUUUGAUGUGUUUGCUUUCCACAGUUUGGCCAAAAGAAGGUCCCAAGGUCAGAAAGCCGCUGAGUGCUAAAGGCGUGCAAGAACUUCUUCAUUCAGUCUGCAUGUUGGGCCUAGCAGGAGCGGACCUGCGUGCUCCCAUCAGCGGGUUGGUCACUUGCUCUGAUGCCAGUGAACAUGGAGGAGGCAUAUGCAGCAGCGGGCGGCUCACAGACCUGGGCAUGGCAGAGCUCAACAAGCUGCAAUCACCUGAGUACAAAAGGACGCGCUGUGCGGCCUUUCAGCCCCAAGGUGCGGUGAGCAUGCAAAAUGACAAAGGCCCCCGAGUUGUAGUCAUCUCACUUUUCGAUGGCAUUGCAGCUUUAAUGUGCGCACUUUGUCGGCUUGAAUGCAGAGUUGUGGCCUUUGCUUCUUCGGAAGUGGACAAGGCCUGUUGUCGCCUAGUGCGCAGGCGUUGGCCAGGUGUCAUGGAACUUGGCGAUGUUCGAAAAGUCACUGCUUCAAUGCUGGAGACCCUUUCCCGAAGCGUAGGGUACCAGAUUGACUUUGUCCUUUGCGGGGGCGGCAGCCCUUGUCAGGACUUAACGGCCCUGCUGGCGGGCAGGGAAGGGCUUGCAGGUGCGCGUAGUAAACUCUUUUUUGAGAUGCCCAGAAUCUUUCAAGACCUGAAGCGCGCGUUUGCCUGUCCUAUCUUCACCUUUGUUGAAAAUGUCUUUUCAAUGACAAAAGAAAGCAGGGACCAGUUCAGCGAGACGUUGGGGCAUCAGCCCGUUCUGAUUGACUGCACAGCCUUCAGCAAAUGUCGUAGGCCCAGGUUGUUCUGGGUGGACUGGCCAAUAACAGCUCGGGGGCAAGAGGAAAUGGUGGAGCACGAUACAUAUCGUGAAUGGAAAUUCCCUGACCUUUGCACUGAUCCUAACUGGUGGUUAGAUAACGGGUGCAGCCACUCGAGCAAUAUGCCACUGCCAACAUUCACAAGGGCCCUGCCAAGAAGCACUCCGCCUCGCCAACCAGCGGGGGUCCAAACGGCUUCAUCAGAUGCCAUCCAGCGAUGGUCUGCUGACAACUACAGGUUUCAAGUGUACCAGUACGAAGUCUGGCAUUUGGUGAAGAGGCCCGAUGGUGUGCUGAGGGUGCCUUCAGUGAUGGAACGGGAAAAACUGAUGGGGUUUCCGGCCGGAUAUGUCUCCGAAGGACUGAGUCCGAAGCUUACCAUGAUGGAGGCCUUUGACCAGGGCGCCUGCAUGCUUGGGAACUCCUUCAACGUCUAUUGCAUCACUUUUCUCUUGGAUGAGCUGCUGGCCCACUUCAGCACAACACACAAGCCACGGCAACUCGACCGCAUCUUAGCCAGGGAUGAAGUAGCUUCUACUGCCUGGUGUGUUAAGCCACAAUUUGUGACCAACUCUUCACCUGAUACUCAUGCAUGCAUGCUGGUUCAAGAGUUUCUCAGACAGGGGGAUCGAGGUGGUGGCCUCGGUUAUCUCCAAGGGGAGGACUUCCAGCCACCGUCUUCGAAGAGCUAUUCAGAAGCUUUCCUCCCUGCUGCUUGCAGGGGAAAUCAGGCUGGCUGUUGCGUACGUAGCAAGUGGGGACAAUCCGUCGGACCUGCCUUCAAGAUGGGCAAAACGACAACCCAUCAGCAAGAGCAACUUCGGCAAGCGCGCAAGGAAAAGCGGUCCGGUUUGACCUUGGGAGACAAGGUGCUGAGUCCUAGCCUCCACGGGAGGUAUGCAGUGGCGGCGGCAAGAAUCUUGAACUUUUGGAGGAACAGUAACACCAUGCCUAAGACUUGGGAAGACUUUGACGUGGCUGCCGCACAAUUCCUGGAGCAUGUGUUUUCUGAAGGAUAUCCCAAAGGUUAUGGUUCAGAUGGAUUAGCUGCCUUACAGCACUUCGUCCCUGAGGUUGCCGGGAAAUUGCGACACAGCUGGAGGUUGCUCAAAUCUUGGCAGAAGAUGGAGCCGCCAGUGCGCGUGCUACCCAUCAGCCCGCUCAUGGUGGUGGCCAUCAGCGGUGCCUGUGCCCGGCUUGGGUAUGUCUCUGCUGCAGCUGCCUUUUUGGUUGCCUUCGAUGCUUUGCUGCGCCCUGGCGAACUUUACGCCUUGCAAAAGCAGCACGUUACAUGGGCCGGGGGUAAAGCUAUCCUCUCGCUCCACGGCACAAAAACAGGCCAACGAAAAGCAGCGACGGAGAUGGUGGUCUGUCACAGCCAUGUGACCAAUGUCUGGCUGUGGCUUGCGUUGAAAAACAAAAAACCCAAGGACAAACUUCUUGAUUGCUCUCCUGCAGAUCUCCGGCACCUUUUUCACACCACAAUUCAACACCUUCAAGUUGCUGGCCACUUUUCUUUGUACAGCUUCCGGCGUGGUGGCGCCACGUGGCAUUUCAUCUCCGAGCAGAGCAUGGAGGCCACACUUUUGCGUGGGCGAUGGGUUUCAACCACCACAGCCCGCAUUUACUUGCAAGAUGCAGCUGCCACGCUCAGUCACCUCCAAAUUUCUGAUGCUCAACGCAGUUACAUGAAGGUUGGCGAUAGUCUGUAUCGGCAAGACUCCCAGAAGCUGAGACAGGUGGAUCGGCUCUUUCUUCAUUGUGCUGCACUGUCCUUUCGGGAGCCUUUUCCGAUGAGCCCGGAAAGGCAUGAACCCCCGGUUCGAUCAACUGCAGCACCUAUGCCAGCAGAAAUGUCUUCGUUCAUUCUACACUUAGAAGCGCAAGACGGGGAUUCAGAGCGAUUGAAAGCGGAAGUGCUAUCACGUAGUCCUGUUUGGACCCCGUGAAUGUUGAAGGUCAACAAUACAAGAUUUCAACCUCCAACAUGGCAAAUGCCUCGAAGCCAUGACUCAGACAUAUGCCCGGGAAACUAUCACAAGAAGUACAAAUACAUGAGGUUCGCUUGCCACACACGUGGUACGAGGUUGAGCCUUUCCUGGUUUGCUGAUCCUUCUUCCAUGAGCUUUAGAACUUGAGAUGAAGCUCUUGUUAGACAACUUACUAUGGAUCGGACGGACUGCUGCAAUACGUUUUCCUUUGUUCGACCUUUGCAAGAGACAAUUGGAAACAGGAGUGCAGGGUGCACUGAGAUCAAGACUGGGCAAUUGCUUGCAGUACACAUCGCU